GAGUUUUUCAUAUACAGCAUGGCGACAUGGAUGGAUGGGAGCCAAUUAACCUACCAGUAUGUGUUUGGAGUGUGGGAGGAAACAGGAGUACCCAGAGGAAACCCAUGCAGGCAUAGAGAGAACAUGCAAACUCCAGCCCUGGUUCACACAUAUGCGAUUUGUGAUGCGUUCUUACGGACCCUGAUUCACAUGACAGGCAUACCAGGGAUCAUGAAUCCCUUUGAAUACAUCAAAAUACUUGAUGAGGUCAUGUUGCCUCAUGCCGAAGAGGAAAUGCCCUUGAAAAGUGUUUCAACAAGACAACGACCCCAAACACACCAGUAA